AUGCAGUUCUCCAUCGCAUCUAUCGUCCUCGCCGCCCUUGCUGGGCUGGCCACUGCCGAGGUUUCCCUCACCAACAGCGCCUACAGCGUUACCGUCGGUCAGCCCUUCGAUAUCACAUGGACUGGCGCCGAAGGCCCGGUCAGACUUGUGUUGAAGACUGGCCCCUCCGAGAACCUCGCCGACGUUGAUACUAUUGCCGAUGGCCAAACUGGCACUAGCUACUCCUGGACCCCGCCAUCCACCCUGACUGCUGGCUCGUACGCCAUCCAGAUCUCAGACGACAGUUCUACCAACUACUCGCCCCAAUUCGAUCUCGUGGGCGGCGCUGCCAGCGCCACUUCUAGCAGUACCACCGUGGCCAUGACCACAAGCACUGCCGAACCCAGCACAACUGAUGCCGCCACAACGGCCACCCAGACUACCAGCGAGACCACCGAUGCUGCCACCGCUACCGAGUCUACUGCCAGCACCACUGCUAGUAGCGCUGCAUCCAACAGCAUGGGCACGACCAUGAGCACUGCUGUCAGCUCCACUGUGGCUGCGGGCGCGACCAAGUCCAGCUCCUCAUCUGCCUCUGCCUCCGCUACCGGCAUUGCCCAAACCAACGGCGCUGCUGGCGCUGCUGCUCCUUUCCUUGCGCCUCUGCUGUUCGCUGCUGUGGCCGCCCUGGUGUAA